AUGGCUGAAGCAAAGGAGGAAUGGAAGAUCCCCAAACUUACGGCUGAGAAUCACGAUGCUUGGUUCCGCCGGAACAAAGUCAAGCUGAAAGGGAAGAGAGUCUUCUACGUAUGCGAGAAGAGCCUAGAGAAGCACUGCCAGAUUGCUACUCCUAGGGACCUAUCAGACGCUGUGAAAGAAUUGGACAUUACAGACAACAAGACUGCUAAGGUCUGCAUCAACGUCGACAAGAGAGACAAGUACCUAGAGGACGAAGCAACUGCAAUCGACCUCCUGUUUAGAUCUCUUGGCGACGAUGACCAGGCCCUUAUUGACGAGUACGACACUGCCUUCCAGUUCUGGGCUUACUUGCGCAAGAAGUACACCCAAAACAACGCUACAGCCGCCAACAUGUACAUGACUAGGAUCCAGACAUUUACAUUCGAUUCUGAGAGCACAAUUAUUGGGUCAUGGGAAAAGCUGAAGGACUACCGACGCAAGCUUGUGGCAGCGGAUGCUGACACUGACGGAGCCUACAAAGACUCUGCACUGCUACUCAUCCUUAUCAGAUCACUCCCAACGAGAUUCAGGACUACAGUUGACACCGUAAAUGCACAGCUCAACCUCACUGUCGAACAGAAGCUCAAGUUCCUGGAAGAGAAGGAGGUCCGAGACCAGCAAGACGCCAACGAGCAAGCACUUCCAGCAUUCAGGAAAGCCUAUAAGUACGUUCCGCUGCACAAGCGAGGCGACAAAGACUUGCUGUCGUUGUCAUCUGACUCUGAACCCGGUGCUACGUCUGGCAUCCAGUGCUAUCUUUGCGACCAGCCUCACUACAUGCGAGACUGUUCAAAGCUUGGGAAGGCUCGACAGCUCUUGAAGGAAUAUGAAGUUGAGAAGAAGCAAAGGAAGAAGAAGUCGCUCCCUCCUAAGUCGUCUAAGCCUCCUCCUAAGCUUGAGAAACCCAAGAAGAAGACUAGCAAAGCGUAUGGAGCCGAAGAAGCCAGGUCGGAUUCAGAGCUGGAGACAUCAACUGAUACCUUAGACUCGGAAGACGAGGAAAUUGAGACAUGCCGUCUCUCCAAAGACAUCCUCGGUAAGGCCUCUCCAUCUACCUGGGCCGGCGACACUGGCGCCUCCUCACACAUGUCUGACCAACCCUCGCUGUUUAGACAAAUGAUCAAGAUUAAGCGGAGACUCGUUCGGGUUGGAGGGGGAGAAUUACACGCAGACUGGAAAGGAGAAGCCCAAAUGGUGUGCAAGGAUGGAUCUUCGACAUGGCUUUCAGAUGUACUGCUUGUACCCAACCUUGGAGUCAAUUUGUUAUCAGGGAGACGAAUUUGCGCAGCAGGCCUUAAGGGUCGCUUCAAUUCCCACACACUGUCCUUCAGACUGGGGAAAAAGACGAUCAUUAAAGCAACUAUGGACGAUGGUCUCUACGUAGUGUCACACAUUGCAGAUGGAUACCAAGAAACAGCAUUUCCAGGCACAGAACUCGAUACACCAGCCCAAGAUACAGAAGUCCUUCACACACUAGAUGAGUCCGAACUCAAGGCUGGCGAAAAGGAGAGAUACUUGCUGUACCACAGACGCUUUGCACACCUGGGACCUGCAAAGAUUGCCAAACUCCACGAAGUCACAACCCUUGAGAAGAAGAUUCAAGUGCCAGAAAAGAAGGAGAUCUGCGAAGUCUGCGCCUUAACGAAGAUGAGGAACAGCAUCCCAAAGCAGCUGAGAGACCACAAAGAUGAGAAGCUAGCCCUAGUACAAUUUGAUGUUGCAGGACCUUUCCCAACAUCCUUGCGAGCAUACUUGUCAACGAGCGAGCCGGCUCGCUCAGCUCGCUCGGCUUGGACGUUUUGA